AUUUUUACACAUUCGCAUCGGGCCAAUUUACGACGCCGAGGUUUUAUUAGUGUCGCACGUCGAAAACAUCGUCGAAUCAAAUCGAUUUUCCACGAUUCGACGAUAGAAAACGCGCGGCGGUGCUAAAAGAUGGCCGAGAGUCCGAAGAAACAGCGAAAGAGCAAUUUUUCCCAGGAGGAAAUCGAGACUAUCGUGCGAGCGGUGCGCGAGAAUUACGACACCCUGUACGGCACGUACGCCAAAAAGGCCGUUAACAAGAGCGCCAGGCACAAGGUCUGGUCGGAGGUGACCAAGGAAGUCAACCAGGUCUCCUACGAGAAGAGGACCUUGCAGGAGGUGAAAAACAAAUGGAAGAAAUGCCAGCACUUGUACCGUAUGGACGAUGCCUUCAACGAUAACAGCAUUCCAGAUUCUCAGAACGUUUGGGAACCCCUGACAGAACUCGAUGAUGAUGAAGAUUCUAUGCCGCUAGAGCAACGUCUUAGGGCCGCACCUCCUGACCAAUCGGAACCUGCAGAACAGGUGCUACAAAGCCAACCGCUGUCUCCUACCAAAUUAAAAGUCACCCGACAGGCGAAGCCUCCUCAACUAUCACCUCUAUCUCCCUCAUUGUCCACCCAAACCGAAGAAAUUUGCCUCAAAUGGAACAGCCAUCAUUCGAAUAUGCAAAACACGUUUCCCAACUUGCUGCUCCGCGAGCAAUACGUCGACGCCACCCUAGUAGCCGAAGGACAGACAUUAAAAUGCCAUAAAAUCAUUUUAUCUUCGUGCAGUCCAUAUUUCGAAGAAGUAUUGGCCGGCAUCAGCCCUUAUCAACACCCGGUGCUCUUCAUGAAGGACGUGUCCUUUUGGGCUUUGAAAGCCCUGUGCGAUUUCAUGUACGCCGGAGAAGUGAACAUUCUACAGACCAAGCUGGAAGAUCUGCUGGCCGUUGCUGAAAAUUUAAAAAUAAAAGGUUUGGCUUGUCACACGCAGAUGAACAACUCGGACGUUAAAAUGGAGGUGCAGAGAGUGAUCAAAGAAGAAAUGCAGGAUGAAGGGAAAUCUCACGAACGGGAGUUGAGAAGGAAGGAUGACAGAGAGUCGAAUAGAAGGGCCGACAAGGACGCGAAGAAGGAAUUGAGAAAGAAAGAGGAGAGGGAGAUAAAGAAAAAGGAGGAGAAGGAUUUGAGGUUCGCCGAGUUGAGGACCUUAAGGCGAAGAGAGGAAUCUAAAAGGAAAGAGGAGAAAGACGCGAAGGAUAAGAGAAGAUCGUUGCUGUCGUCGGAAAUGCCCGUUUUGAAAAACGCCAGAUCGACAAAGGUGGCUGCUCAAUCGGAAAUGCCUAAUUUAAAAUCGGCGAGGCCACUAAAAACUUACACGAAGAGAGCGGAGAGGAGAGCGAUGGAAAGAGAAAAAUUAGACAAGUCUAAUCAAUCUAAGGAAUUCCUCUCGCCGUUGUUAGAUCUUCUAGAACCUGUAUACGAAGAAAUCGAAAAUGAUGUAAAACCCAUUAAGUCACUCCUAACUAAAGACACCAAGAAUGUGCACGUUCGUCAGAGAAGAAUGAAAAAAAGAAAGUUGAUAGAAGAAAAAGAAGAGUCUCCUCCUCCGGUUUUCAUGCGCAGAGGCACCCGGUCUCGUCCGAACAGGAAAAUUCCGAAGCUCUUUCAUCCGCCCGACGAGCAAUCGACCAUCGUCAGAGAACCGCACACCGAUCCGCUGAUGAACCUGCAAUGCAUCAAAUCGGAGCCACUCUACGACGAUUCCAUCGACAUCGAAGACAACUUAGUGGGUUUCAGCGAGUCCUCGAUGUCCAUAGAUCACCUCAUAGGAGGCUACGAUCAGUCCCCGUUCACCGGGUUAUCCCCGCCGGCGUCCAAUAGAUGUUUGGACAACGAGCUGCAGCCUAUUAUAUUAGACGUACAAAGCAUCGCUAACAAACCGGACGAUUCCUCGAUCAGUGGUUUAAGAGACUCGAAGCUGUCCGAUCCCUUGGAGGAUCCGCUGAUUCUGAAUAACUGCAACGUCGAGGACGCCGAUUUGGGUUUUCGCAUAAGCGAAGUGGUGACGGAGAAAGACGAGAAUUUAGGGUUUCAGAUAACCAGCGUGGUGAGCGAACAGGAUAGCAAUGCUCAUUUCGUGGAUAUCGAAGAAGCCAAAGGAAAUAGUUCACAUCUUGAAAACGAUGAUAGUCCGGUUACACCUACUUUUUAUAUGGACGUAACGAGGCAAUCGAAUGAUUUCGAUAUGCAACCCACUAUUCUCAUCGAAAGAUCAGUACUAGAAAAUUCCGGUGCAUUGCAAACUAAUAGCGCAAUUGAAGAGAAGCCUAUAGAAGAAAAUAUCGACUCGGCUGUGAAUCCAGACGAAGCAAGUCCUGAUAACAAUUUAGAAAGUGCAGAUAAAAUUUUAUCUGUAGCAAUAGAAGAAAAUGAUGUAAAUUUGGAACCGAACAUUUCAAAUGAACCUCCAGAGGUCAAUUGCAUAUCAAACAAUACGAAUAUAAACGAAGCAAAUGUUGAUGACAUCGAAGAAACUAAUUCCAACGUUGUUUGUACAAAUGUAAAUAAUAUACCUGAUAAUGAAGAACAUUCUUCAAACGCAAUCGAGGGAGAAAUUGUACCUGGAACAAACGCGGUACAAGAAGAUACCGCGGACGUUCUUCGCGAUGUAACUGAUAUUACAGCAAAUACGCCCGGUGAAAAUUCAAACGAUUCGCCAGAGAAUCGCGCAGAGGAAGCGAGCAGCUCGGAUCAACCGGGUUUCCAUAUUGCUCAGGUCGUUAGCGAUCAAAUCGCCGAAAUCGGCAGCAACCGAUCAUCGGAUGAAUAUCAAAAUGAUUCCGAAUCUUGCCAGAAGAACUACAAUGAAUUGGAGUCCAUUGUGAACGAUUUAUCGAUGAUAGUCAACGAUUCGUGCAGCGGCUUGGAUGAUGCGAAUUUAACGACGGAUUCGCUCGAGCAUCUUCUGAAUAAGUAAUGAGUAUUUUUUUAGAAACCUUGAAUUGGAGGCGACAAAUGAUUCCAAAGUACACUGGCUGCGCUCCUUUACUAACAGAAAUGUAGAUAUCUGGAUAGAUGUGUAAAUUCUCCAUCUUCUACAACUCAACCAGAUAUUCCUUUGUGCCAAAAGUUUGGAACUAUUUGAAUCACUAAAGCAGCACGGGAUUUUUUAUACAUCACUCGGAUUAUUAAGACUGACAUUUGCAUCUCCAAUUAAGGGUUUGUAAAACGGUCUUGAAUUUAUUCUAUUUAUUUACAAAUAGUUAUUAGGGCUUAGACGUCUGUACUAAUUAAGAUACUUUAUUUUUUAUUGGUGCCUGUAAAUAUUUUGUUAUUUUUUUGGUAUGUAACUAUUCAGCCUAGUAUUGUUUUUUAUUUAUACAAUAAAGGUAUUAGUCGAAAACCGUUAUCGACCAAUUAGACUAACUUAAAUCAGACAUACGAGGUUAAUUGGAUCAUAUAAACAGUUUGAUUUAACAUCGAAUAUUUUAUUGUACCAUCUUUAACAAAUGUUUGUAGCAACGCGGCAGUUUUU